AUGAUUUCGCGUGACGUCAUUCCUGCGUCGCAUUACAGCUUGGAAAAACACUCUGGUCUUCUCUUCCACCCAACCAUGAUGGCCCUGCCGCCCAUUCUCAACCCAUGGACGACCAUCAAAGCUAUCUGGCGCCUUUGCUAUAUCUUCGUUCAAUACAUCGUCGUCGCCAUAUUCAAGCCACCACCUCCGAAACACGCAGACCCGCUACCAAACCCAUAUGGACGAGUCGCGGUCAUCGGUGCUGGCCUAACUGGCGUGUCUUCUGCUGCACAUUGCAUUGCCCAUAAUUUCGAAGUCGUGUUAUUUGAAGCUGGAUCACGGUCCUCGCUCGGUGGAAUAUGGGCUCACGAGAACUCGACGAGUGGGCUACAGCUUAACUCCCAUCUAUACCGUUUUCAUCCUGCCGUUGUCUGGCGCAAUGCCUUUCCACUGAGAGAUGAAAUUCUCAGUGAGAUCGCUAGAGUCUGGGAAGAAUACAAGCUGGAAUCCAGGACGCGGUUUGAGACUCGUGUCACCUCCGUCAAACGAGCAGACGAUGACCAGUUUGGCCGACACCAAUGGCUCAUCAACAACGGCGAGGAGGGGCCUUUUAGUGCAGUCAUCGUCAACAUUGGGACAUGUGGGAAGCCGAAGUGGAUUCAUCUUGAUGGUAUGCCGAAGGACAAAGGGGAACAAACAGAAGACUCGGAUAACCCAACCGAAAACAAUGGCAGCGUUUUCAAGAAACCUAUUGUUCACUCUUCAGAACUAGAUUCAGAUGCUGUGUCUGAGGAAGCUAUUAAAGGAAAGCGAGUGGUGGUCAUUGGUAGCGGUGCAAGUGGAGUGGAAGCUGUUGAAGCUGCUAUCCAGCGCGGUGCUGGAGGCGUCGUUAUGAUUGCGAGAACGGACAAAUGGAUCAUUCCUAGAAACAUCUUCUUCGAUACUUUCCUUGCUUGUCAACCAUUUGGUCGGGAAAUGCCUCUCAGUUUCCUUUGGGAAGCCUUUCUCAAACAAUGGCAAUAUUACGGCGUCAAGGACCUUGUUCCUAUGGACAGUGGUCUAUUUGAGGGUACUCCAGUUGUAAACGAUGCGUUCUUGGGUCAUGUCCGUUCUGGCGCAUGUCGAUAUAUCCAUGGAGACCCUGUCCGGCUCACUGAACAAGGCGUACAUGUCAAUGUCAGAGAACGCGGAACGAAGCUUGAUGACAAAGGUAGAAAAGAGACUAUCAGCGCCGAUUUGAUUGUGCUAGCCACUGGAUAUGAGAAGCCAAGCAUCGAUUUUCUUCCAGACGAGCUAUUCCCUGAGGGUUAUCAGCGCCCGGAUUUGUAUCUCCAAAACUUCUCCACCGAAGACUGGAGCGUGUUGUUGACCAACUCGGCUUACAUGAGCGCGAUUGGCACAGUUGGACAUUUCCAUAUAGGGAUAUACACCCGGAUCUUGCUCACGCUUCUUCUCGACCCGAACACGCGUCCGAUACCGAAAGACAUGAAGCUUUGGGUUGACUUGAUCAGCUUCCUCAAGCGCGGGGCGAAGGGUGGUCCUCUCGGAUUCUUCACAUACGCUGAACUCACUAUUUGGUUAUUUAUGUUUCACUUAUUCCGUCCGGAUCGUUUGCGCUGGCUGUUCUUCAUCAUGUUUGGAUGGGGCAUCCAUGGCGAUCUGAAGGAGCGGAAGCGCAUCAAGAAAACGCUUACAGUCAAGGCUAGCAAGCAUGGGGAACCGGCCCCAAAAUCCGAUGGUGGGAAGAGGAAGAUUAGAAGGGAGAAAGGCCACUGA